CCCAGACCCUUCAAAAGCUGCUGGCCCACUAGGAACUCCUGGAUUCGUUAUUAGAAGAAAGCAGCACGAGUGGCCAUCUGGGCUGAGGACCCCCCGACCCCCAACACAUCCCCAAGGGACAGCAGGCAGCCUGCACCUGCCUUUGAGAGCCCUUUCGCUCCAGCCAAGCCUGCUCGCAGGUGGCCAUGACCUCACUGCCCACUGGAACCCCUGGGGACCCCGAUUUGUUUUCUGGGCUGCCGCCAGCCGGCUCCACUCCAGCCAACCAGAGCGCAGAGGUCUCGGAGGGCAACGGUUCCGUGACCAUUCCCCGCACUGCAGCAGUCACACCCUUCCAGAGCCUGCAGCUGGUGCACCAGCUGAAGGGGCUGAUCGUGAUGUUGUAUAGUAUCGUGGUGGUCGUGGGGCUGGUGGGCAAUUGCCUGCUUGUGCUGGUGAUCGCGCGAGUACGCCGACUGCACAAUGUGACCAACUUCCUCAUCGGCAACCUGGCCUUGUCCGACGUGCUCAUGUGCGCAGCCUGCGUACCGCUUACGCUGGCCUAUGCCUUUGAGCCUCGCGGCUGGGUGUUCGGUGGAGGCCUGUGCCACCUGGUUUUCUUCCUGCAGCCGGUCACCGUCUACGUAUCGGUGUUCACACUCACCACAAUUGCCCUGGACCGCUAUGUCGUUCUGGUGCACCCGCUACGUCGGCGCAUCUCACUGAAGCUUAGCGCCUACGCGGUGCUGGGCAUCUGGGCGCUAUCCGCGGUGCUGGCGCUGCCGGCCGCGGUGCACACCUACCAUGUGGAGCUCAAGCCCCACGACGUACGCCUCUGCGAGGAGUUCUGGGGUUCGCAGGAGCGUCAGCGCCAGCUCUAUGCCUGGGGACUGCUGUUGGGCACCUAUUUGCUCCCUCUGCUGGCCAUUCUCCUGUCCUACGUCCGGGUGUCGGUGAAGCUGCGGAACCGCGUGGUGCCUGGCAGUGUGACCCAGAGCCAAGCCGACUGGGACCGAGCGCGUCGCCGCCGCACCUUCUGCCUGCUGGUAGUGGUGGUGGUGGUAUUCGCUGUCUGCUGGCUGCCGCUGCAUGUCUUCAACCUGCUUCGGGACCUGGACCCGCGUGCCAUCGACCCCUAUGCAUUCGGGCUGGUGCAGCUCCUCUGCCACUGGCUCGCCAUGAGCUCUGCCUGCUACAACCCCUUCAUCUACGCUUGGCUGCACGACAGCUUCCGAGAGGAACUGCGCAAGAUGCUGCUCUCCUGGCCCCGAAAGAUUGUGCCCCAUGGCCAGAGCAUGACCGUCAGCGUGGUCAUCUGAUGUUACCCUGCUAGGCCUGAGCUGGGAAGCUGCCUAUCCCUUAGCCCCACAUGAGACCUAAUUCCCAGCACCAGAGUUAAGCCAACACAGCGCUAAAUUCCCACCCAGUCCUCUUAUCUAGCUAUCUGUCUGUCUGGUUUUUGUGUUUCUGUGAAAUGUUAGGAGGGCUUCGGAGUAGAAGAGCCUGGGGAGACAGAAGUAGAUUUAUCAGUUAUUCCUCCGACCCUUGAAAGCAAAACACAGCUAUUUCUCUGGGCUCAGAAAAAAUGAUUCAGAAGCAAGCUUUCCUUUUUUUUUCUUCGUGCUUACACCGUGGGUGGGAUUUAAAUGCGGUGCUGAGGUUGGUGAAGAUUUUCAGCUUAUCUUUUUAAAAGGCCCCAGCUGAAAUAUAAUGAGUGAUUGUCUUGUCAACCUGAGUCUUGGAGUCUCUAUUAUUUCAGGUAAAUAUGUAUCACAGAUCAGUAUCUAGGAUUUCAAUAUUUCCUGAAUAAGACCUUUAUGCUCAGAAAAGAUGUUCAUUUCAAAACCACUUGAAUUUAUAGUGCAAGUCCAGUUUCAAGUCACCUUUUAGGAGCUCCUGGGCUACUGUAUUGAAUGGAUGAAGGAAGCAGGUCAGUUGGUAGAGAGCCUGCCUAGCCCUGGGUUCAGCUGCUGCAUGACAGGGUAUGGCAGUGCAUGCCUGCAAGCCCAGAGCUCAGGAAAUGGAGGAAGAAGGGUCAGGAAGUUCAUGGUCAUCCUGGGCUACAUAGUGAAUCUGAGACCAGCCUGGGCUGCAUGAGAGAAAUAAAUCACUGAAGGGCUAGGCAAAAAGGGGAAAGAUGUGAUUCCUUUAGGGACACAUGUACCUGCCCAUGAGAACAGUGUGUGUGUGUGUGUGUGUGUGUGUGUGUGUGUGUGUGGUGUUUACCACAAGACAGAAACUCAAAUAUUUGGCUUCACGGAUGCUCAGUGGAAAGUGUGUGCCAGAGCAUUCUCCUGCAGUCUCUAAUUGCUGAAUUUCAACAGAUCAACAGCUGCCAUUUGACUGCUCAGCACCUGCUCCCUGGAGACUCUUGAACAUAUCAACUCAGAAGCCAAGGGCUGGGGAAAGAUUACUUAAGGAUAACACAGCAAAAUAAACUUCCAUCUGCAAGAUGCGUAGUUCAAAUGCUAAUCCCUCUCAGGGCUGUGGGAACAGAUGAAGACUGUUGGGCAUGAACCUGGGCGGGUGAUCAGGACAUUAACCUCUGGAGUGUUCUGUUAUGAGGAAUGAGCCUGGGACAGCCACUGGAGUAGUGAGCCAGGGAGCUUUGGGAAAGGAUACAUAGAAUCCUGCUAUUAACCCAGGUCCUGUGAAAUGUAUGGUGAGAAUUAGGGUCUGUAGAAAAUCUGUUCUAGUAUUCCCCUUCUCUUCGGUUACUUUUGGAAAGAGGUUAGCUCAUUUAUCAGAGUGCUGCUCAAGAGGAGGUGUGGGACAAGGGUUAAAUGACUAGGCUCAGGCCUAAGGCAAGAAUAUUUGCUACUGGGUUAGGCAGUUCUAAAAGUCUUUAGUAGCUACGGGGUUACAGUCCAUAGUCUGGGGAAAUGGUGUUGGGAGAAACCUUGGAGCAGGUUAAGAUGGGAGAUGGUCAUUACCUCCGUCUGUAGCACCUAACUGACUUUGAGCUUCAUCUAGAGACUAGAGCAUGGAGUGCCUAUAUUCUAAUGAUGCAGCCCAAUCCCACACAUAAUGUUACAAACAACAAUUGUAUUUGUUAGGCAUCCCAGAGAUGGGCGUUUGUGCUUCCUGUUGAGGCUGGAAGCCAGAGUGUGCUCUUGAUGGGCACUUGUGGAGAGAACAGGAAAUGGGGGAGAAGUGGCAUUAGUUAGGGAGAGAGUUAGUAUUUGAUUUGUGUCUUUUUGUUGAAAUUGCUGAUUCUCAGCCAUGGCUGCUCUUAGAAUCCCCCCAGGGAUUUUAGAAAUCCAAACUAAGCCAAAACAAAAUAUGUUCAUUGAUGCCCUAUCCCUAUCAACCCUCCUGCCCUCAAUCUAAUCGACCUGACAUGGGGCCUGAGAGUGGCACUUUUCAAAACACUUCUGGAGAUUUUAAUGUGCAGUCUAAAAGUACAGUACCAUAAGAAUGACUGUUUUUCUUGAUGCUAAGAAAUGCCUUUAAGUCUUCAUUUGCACCUACCAAAGUUGUUAAGAAUCUGGUUGAAGAACACUCUGUCAGUCUUCAACUAUACUUGAUCUGUCUGUUUUAGAGGACAACUCUCAUUAUUAGAAUAUUUGGGCAUUCAUAUAACAGUUUCUUCAAUCAAUUCCUGUGUAGCCCAUCAGUUUAGAAGGAACAUUAUUCAGCUUUAGUUGAACUGCAUUAUAAAGUUACUCAUCGUGAACUAUCAAGGUCUUUUAAAAAGUCCCCUGAUGAGUUUAAGGCCAUGCCACCUGUGGGAAGAAAGUGUCCCUCUUAACCUAGAAAGACUGCCACCAGUUUUUUCAUGCAGUGACUUAAGUUAAAAUUUAAACAUUUGUAUAGAUUUUUCUGGGGAACCUAAAGAUGGUGGUGAAUUAGGCUGUGCAAAUUGUGUGUAUCUUUGCAAAUUGUGAAACUGGCAGCUGAACAGCAACCAAUUAAUUUUUACUCUGUGUAACAUGUAUUUGGAAGUAGUUUGUCAAACAAACUGACUUGUAAAAACAUCUUUCUGAGAUGGGUUUCAGGGAAAUGUGCAUAGGCUUAUACAUGGAAAUUGUAUUUCAUAAUUCAUUUUUGAUUAGUAUCAAGCACCUGAGAGGAGUAAGCAGGUCUACUCCUGCAGGAAGUGAGUCAAGAAAAGAGCUGGGAACUGAUCCAGCUUGGAAAUCGACAGCAGCCUGCCUUCCCAAGGCUGACAGGAGGUUCUGUAAUCCCUUUUUGCAAGCAUUGCCAGCAGGCUUCAUUUUUGGCAUGUGAUCAAUAGAUUUAUCUCACCAAAGCGACAGAGGAGUAUUUCAAUAUGUUUUGGCAAUGGUGACCUGGGAGCAGCAACCAUAGGAGACACUGAAGUAACAAUAUUCCAAUUGCUGUAACCUUUUCGAGUUUCUGCCCUGAUGGAUGCUCAGGCUGCUCUUUAUUCCCCCCAGGGUAGCUCAUUUUCAGGUUUAUUUUCUCUGUGAACUAUUCAAUCAGCUUUGCUUUGCAUUCCUGAAUAUCCAGUAGUGUUUUAGAUGCAAGGCCAGGAACUGGCCUUAAGGGCACCCAUGUAAGAGCACAACUUGAUGAGGACUGGGCAUAGUGUUCAUUCCUCACAGAGAAAGGUUAGGAGAGCCUGUGUUCCCCAAGGCAUGUUUAGAUUGUAUUUAUGACCACACAUUGAUUUCUUUACUAUAUGUGCAAGGUGUCUUUGUUGCUGAGUCAGUGUGGAGGUUUCUCAGGCUGGGGCUUGCUUGUUUUGACAUAAUAAAUACUACAUCAGUU